CUUCCCCUCCUCCCCGCGUGUUUUGUCUUCUCUCCGGCGCAGCAGCCACGCGCACAUCCGAGUCCUCGAGUCCUCCGCGCUUGUCCCCAGCCCAGUGCGUCCAGGGAGUCCAUGGAGCCCGCUCGGCGCAGUGCGCCUCCGGGGGACGGCGCUGCUGAGGCGCUGCUGAGAGAGCUGGAGCGUCAGGUGCAAGAUGUGGUACGGGCGAGCUCGUGGUGGGAGCUCCACGGUGUGGACUGCGCCAUCCUCGCUCUCAGCCUGCUCGCCUUGCCGGCAGGAUUCCUGUGCCUACGCUUCCAUAAUAUCCUGGCCUUUGCCACUGGCAUCACAAUCUUGGGUGUGUGCCAUUAUACACUCACAGUCAAGGGCAGCCAUCUAGCUACUCACAGUGCCCUCACAGAGUCCAAACGCUGGAACAAGAUCUUGCUGAUUUUCUUUUUGGAGGCAUGCACAGGCUUUCCUGCAGAGUUCGCUAAAUACAACCACGUGAAUUUGCACCAUGUUUACACCAACGUCGUGGGUCUGGGAGAUUCAAGCACAUGGAAGAUGCCUUUCUUCAACCGCUACGUCUACAUGUUCCUUGGACCACUUUUGGUCCCCAUCGUAACGCCACUGGUAGCUCUGGUGCAUUUGAGGAAGGAAGAGCUGAAGACGGCACUAUGGACUUUGAGCUUCAUUUGCCUGGGCUUUUACUCUCAGUACUGGCUGUUCAUGAAUGUGUCAGGCUUCAAGAACCCCAGUUCAGCACUGGCCUGCAUGCUGCUCACUAGAUCCCUGCUGGCCCACCCUUAUCUCCAUGUCAAUAUCUUCCAGCACAUCGGAUUGGCUAUGUUCUCCCCGGACAAGAAGCCCAGGCGGAUUCACAUGAUGACCCUGGGGGUUCUGAACCUGCCACGGCAGCCAGUGCUGGACUGGGCAUUCGGCCACUCCCUCAUCAGCUGCCAUGUGGAGCACCACCUCUUCCCUUGGCUCUCUGACCACAUGUGCUUGAAGGUGAAGCCCCUGGUAUCGAAGUUCCUCCAUGACAAGCAGCUGCCCUAUAAUGAAGACUCAUACCUGGCUCGAUUCCAGCUGUUCCUCAACCGCUAUGAGGAGUUCAUGGUGCAUGUCCCACCCAUCACUGAGCUGGUGGGGGUGCAAUGAAGGCUGGCUCCCUCCCUAGCCCAGUCCUGGCCCUUCUGUACUGCUGGCUCUUGGGGGGACUGGUAGACCUGGAACUAUCCUGGGAUUUGAGUUAGGGGAGACUGUUGGGAGAAGAAAUUAAAUCAAUCCAGAGGCUGUGCGUCCUGAUCCACCUAGGCCUCAGCUGACCCCACUUCAGGAUCCUUCUUUGUGCUGUAUCUGAGCUAGAGGGUAGGGCUAAGGGGGCUGGAGACAGGUGAAGUGGGAUCCUGUGUCCAGAAGGAGGGGGCACAGAGCCAGAGCCAGCCUCCUCGGCUCAGACCUCCUUGGCCCCAGGCUGCUGCUUCCUCCUGUAGCCUCUGAGGUUCUAGUCCCCCAGGGAAGGGCCCUCUCUCUAGGAUCAACAGGGUGAGGUCAUUUUUUUUUUAGCAGAACCCCCCCCCCCCGCUCUUCACCUGAAGGAACCUGUGCCACACUGGGCUCAGCGGCUCCAUGACCCAUAGAAUCAGUGAGAUAAAAGGGAGUACACUCCCAGGGAAGUGCUCCAGAGGGGAGCAAAUGUAGGCACAAAAUUGGAGAAGGCACUGCCAGCUUUGAGUAUGACCUUGGCUAGCUCUGGACAACUCUGCUUUGUCCCAUGUUCAGAAGACUCCAACCUGGGUGACAGAAUUACUGGGAGGCGGUUGAAGCUGGAGGAAGUGACCUGGGACUGGGCUAGGAAGGCAGAGAGGAAUGAAAAGUUGGGGGGCGAGUGAGAUAGGAGACUUGAAGACAAGGGCUAGGCUUGGCUGUGGGGGGAGUGAGAUAGGAGAGUUGAAGACAAGGGCUAGGCUUGGCUGUGGGGGGAAGGAUAGCAAGCUGGGUGGAAGCCACUGAUGCCAAACCUAGGAGGAAGCCAAGCUGGGGAACAGCACUGAGAUCCAGCCAAACGGGCAACUGGGAGAGGCUGGGCACCGCUUCAGCCAGAUGGCAGAGCAGAGAGAGGUUCAUGGAAGGGCCCAGUGGAGACUGAAAGAGGGACAGAUGAGGUUAGACCUGCAUGCACCGGGAGGCCAGGGCCGCUGUUAGGUCAUAACCUAGCUCCUCACCUCCCUGCUGCCGACAUUUUCUUUGGCUGAUUCUUGGCAGGCUGGGCUGAGCACUGGCUUCUACUGACUAGAUGUUGGGAGCCCAAAUCAGGACAGUCAGAAAUGUCUCCCGGUACAGCCAGCUGUCUCCCAAGUGACAACACUGUCCUUGACUGAGAACACGGAGGCUGUUCUAGUACAGUCAAAAAUGUCUCCUAAGUGACAACACUGUCCUUGACUGAGAACACGGAGGCCGUUCUAGUACAGUCAGAAAUGUCUCCAAGUGACAACACUGUCCUUGACUGAGAACACGGAGGCCAUUCUAGUACAGUCAAAAAUGUCUCCUGGUAUAGCCAACUGUCUCCCAAGUGACAAAACUGUCCUUGAUUGAGAACAUGGAGGCCGUUCUAGUUAACUCACUGGAUGGAAGGAAGGGUGUACCGCCCUGGUGUUAGAAGGGUGAGCUGGGAUGGGCUGACCAGCAUGUUGGAACCCAUCUCCGGGGGCUGAUGCAGCUGCCAUGACUGACAAUCCUUCUGUGUUCUCCUGGCCUUCCUCUAGCACAGCUUCUUCCAGGCCCUUUCCUCCAGCUAUGGCUCCUGGGGCCAUAGAGCAGAGGCUUGUAGCCGCUGCUGGCCUCUAGGUGCUUCUCUGGCUUCUUACCUCUGCUUGGGACUCUUCACACCCUCCACCCAUCCCUGUUGACUGUGUGCCACCUGUUCACUGCUGGGAUGCUCGCUCACAGCAGAUUUCGAUCCAAGUCGCCCCCUCCUGUCAUGCUAUAGGCUACUGCUGCUCCUUUGAAAUGCAUUAGCAAUUCAGAAGGGGCCUUUGGGUCUGAUCAUGCGAUUCAUCAACAGCAAAUUCUCCCUCUGAAAAAUGCAGAGAAGGGCCCCGGCAGCAUACCAUAAGCUAAUGAUUAAAACUAUCCAAA